AUGCAGUAUCAAUUAAAAACCAAAGAACAAAACAUUAAAAAAGUAAAGAAAGAGAUUGCUAAGGUCCAAAAUAUAAAUAAUUUGAUAAAUGACAAUGCUGUGAUUCAUACAAAGAAGAGACAUUAUAGUCAAAUGAAAGAGUGUUUUGUGUUGCUUUCAGAUUGUAAUGAACACAAAGAAAAUUUUAAAUCCAACAAGUCCUCUACUAGCAGUAAUAAAAAGAUUAGUUCAGAGAAUGACAAGGAUUAUUUGUCAAUAUCAAAAACUCGAGGAAAAAGGAUUAAAAAAAUGAAUAAAUAUAAGGUCCAAAAAAUGAAUGAUUUGGAAAAUGAUAAUGCUGCGAUUCAUACAGAGAAAAAACAUUGUAUUCAAUUAAAGGAGUGUUUUGUGUUGCUUUCAGAUUUKAAUGAACACAAAAAAAUUCAUAAUCCUCUGAAGU